AUGUCGGUUACGGGACAGAUUAAUUCGUCCAAAUCGAAUAUCUCUAGAAUAUCAUCUCUUAAAGAUAAACGUAAGCCGUCGUUAUCUACUAUAAAGUCUAAUGAAUCGUUAGAGAGUUCGGAAAAACACAAGUUUGGAUUGACAUACACAGAAGUUUGUAGCAAGUACAAGACACGUCCAGUGCCGUGGGUGAAAUGUAGUGGUAAAACAAACUCUAUUGAAAUAUUGGGCGAUCGUAUGAAGGCUGACGAAUGGCUGGCCGUUAUGGAAGCAUUAAGUACUGAUACUAGUACCCAUUAUGUACGCAUAAAAAAUAAACGUUACACGGAACAGUUGUUGAAAAAUUACGAUACAUUCUGUAGUGUCGCUGGAGCUCCCAAAAACGUUCUUUCUGUGACCACAUUAUACGUGGUACGCCUAAUCGCAACUUCCAUCCACGAAGUAUUGAUCAACACGACCGCACUUGUUUGCCUUGAACUGGAAAACGUGCUUUUCGACGAACAUGCUUUAGGAAGUCUUAUAACCGGUAUCGACACCAACCAAACGCUCCAGCACUUGUCCCUGGCCUACAGCCGCAUUGGGGACAGCGCCUGUCUAACGCUUUGCCGGAUACUCAGGGACAAACCGAACAUCCGAUCCGUGAAUCUUUCCGGAUGUUGCAUAAGCCGUAAGUCGGCUACAUCUGGUCUGUUGGACGUGAUAAAAAAACAACAGGUCAAGCGGCACGAAGAAUGUUGGGCGCACUCGCUUAGACACAGGAUUGCCAAUCCGGAUAUCAUGCACGGGCUGCGGAGGUUGACACUGAACGACAAUACCGCGAUCGGCGACGCGGGAGUUGCCGACUUAUUCGAAUCGUUAAAGGACGACUAUUACGUGAAAGCUGUGGACCUGCAGAAUUGCGGACUCACGGAUCGUGGUGCUCAGUUGGCGUUGUCCACGUUGAUGAUCAACGACACGCUGGUUGUAUUAGACAUUAGGAAAAAUGCUGCCAUAUCGUCGGCCAUGUUGGAGGCGAUCAUGACUAGAUUGUACGAGAAUAACGUCAAAAAAACGGAGACUAAACAGUGGAAAUGGACCAAACUUGGCCGCGAAAAUGUAUUCGAAUCGUCAUGCACAUUAUUGAAUUGA